AUGUCGUCUACCCACGGACUCCCAGAGUUCAGCUUGAAGGGAAAGGUCGUGUUGGUAUCGGGCGCUGCUCGUGGUCUCGGUCUUACACAAGCCGAAGCAUUGCUGGAAGCUGGCGCACGAGUGUACGCGCUUGACAGACUCGCCGAACCUUCUGCAGACUUUGCGCCCAUUGCCGAGAAAGCAAAGAAGGAACUCGGGACUUACCUGGAAUACCGCCAAAUCGACGAGACGACUGCCUUGGGAAUACACUGCUGGAGGAUGCCAACCGCAUGUUCGAGGGUCAACAUUACUGGGGUCAUGAUGACUGCGCAGGCGGCUGCUAAGCAGAUGAUCAAGUUUGGCAAUGGCGGGAGUAUCGUGCUCAUUGCGAGCAUGUCUGGCAGCGUUGCAAACAGGGGUCUCAUUUGCUCGGCAUACAACGCAUCAAAGGCAGGCGUCAUACAACUUGCUCGCAACCUGGCGUCCGAAUGGGGCGAAUACAACAUCCGUGUCAACACAAUCUCGCCAGGCUACAUUGUGACGGCCAUGGUGGAGGAGCUUUUCAUCAAGUACCCCGAGCGAAGAGAUACAUGGCCUACGCAAAACAUGUUGGGUCGGCUUUCAAAGCCAUCGGAAUACCGUGGUGCAGCAGUGUUUCUGCUCAGCGACGCGAGCUCUUUCAUGACGGGGUCAGAUUUGAGAAUGGACGGCGGCCACGCGGCAUGGUAG